GCAGCUGACAGCACGUAGCAAAAUGUUUCAGUUUCACACAUUUUAAAAUAUAGGUUAAACUUGAAGAAUAUUAAACUUGAAUACUUUGUGAAAUAGUUCCUAUACAAAAAUAUUUUUUUACGAUGGAAGACCAACGAUUUGCACAUAUUGCAAAUGAUCCUAAAUUCCGCAGGAUUCCCAAAAAGCAGCAAAAAGUAAAAAUUGAUAAAAGGUUCCAGUCUAUGUUUAAAGACCAAAAGUUUAAAGUUAAGUACAGCACCGAUAAAAGAGGACGACCAGUCAGUCAUACGUCUACGGAAAACUUAAAACGGUAUUAUGAUUUAAGUUCGGAGGAGGAAUCGUCCAGUUCAGAUUCUGAAGAUAACGAAAAGCAGAACUCAGAAUCUGAAGUUGGUAAAUUUGUCAAAGCUCCAAAGUCUGACGCAUUUAGUGAAUUGGAGAAAAAAGAUAAGUCAGAUAAAAUUGUAUCAGAUGUGUUAAAACACAAACUGCAGAAUUUGAAUGUUGACUAUGCACGUGGAGAAUCAACUUUGUGUUCAGAAAGCUCCUCUGACGAUGACGAAAGUGAAGAUGAAUUAUCUGAAACUGAUGAAAUCGAACACAAAUGGGGAGAACUAGAUGCAGAUGCAGAAGAAACUGAAGGUACUACAUAUAGAUUAGCAGCAUGUAAUAUGGAUUGGGAUCGAAUACGAGCUAUAGAUUUGAUGGUCCUGUUUAAUUCAUUUUUACCACCAGGUGGUGUGAUUAAAUCUGUUGCUAUAUAUCCUUCAGAAUUUGGUAAAAAACGAAUGGCAGAAGAAGAGAUUAAAGGACCGAUUGAAUUAGUAGAAUCGAAAGUGGAAGAAAACGAUAACGAAAAUGAAGAAGGAUCCAGUUACCACAUGGAAAAAUUACGACAAUACCAGUUAAAUAGACUUAAAUACUAUUAUGCAGUUAUUUCUUUUGACACCCCAAAUUCUGCUAAUAAAAUUUACACAGAGUGUGAUGGAAAGGAGUAUGAAUCUAGCGCUACAAAAAUUGAUUUAAGGUUUAUACCAGAUAGUAUGGAAUUUGAUGACGAGCCUAAAGAAAUGUGUGAUAAAUUGCCAGAUGUAAACAGGUAUCAACCACGUUUCUUUACCACUACUGCACUGCAGCAAGCUAAAGUCGAUUUGACGUGGGAUGAAACAAAUCCUGAAAGGCUGGAAAUUGCCGAGAAACUUAAAAAUGGCAAAGUCGAUGGCAUUUCCGAUGCUGACUUACAGAAUUACUUAGCAAGCAGUAGUGGAGAAGAAGAAACUGAAGAUGAAGAGGAGGAAAAGAUUCAAGAAGAAAGUGGUGGUAGUUCUAUUGAUAAAUACAAGGCAUUACUUCAGGAUAUAGAAAAAAAAGAGAAAUCUAAAAAUCGAAAAGAUAUGGAAAUGGAAAUAUCUUGGGGUAUAGAUUUGAAACAAAAAACUGAAAAGUUGAUAAAAGAGAAUAUGUCCAAAGGGGAUGAGAAGAGUCCAUUUGAGCAGUACCUAAAGAAAAGAAGGGAGAAAAAGAGAGAGAAACGUGAACAGAAAAAGCAUUCUAAAGACAGUGACGAUAGUGAAUCUGACAUUCCUUCCGAUAUAGAUAUGAACGAUAAAUACUUUGCAGAAGAAUUCGAUAACCCCGAAUUUAAGAAAAAGAAAAAGCACACAAAGAAAUCUGAAGACCCUGACGUUGAUGAUCAAAAACAAGCCGAAUUAGAAUUGUUAAUGAAUGAAGAUGAUGGGAAACAACACUUUAGUUUGAAGAAAAUUCAGCAGGGGGAAGAUGAAUCGAAAAAUAAAAAGAAAAACAAAAAAGUUAUGGACAAAAAUGACAAAAGGAAUGACGACUUUGAAAUUAAUGUUGCAGACGAUAGAUUUUCUGCGUUAUUCACAAGCCAUCAUUUCAACAUUGACCCAACCGAUCCCCAUUACAAGAAAACUAAAGGAAUGGAAGUACUUAUCAAUGAAAAACUAAAAAGGAGAAAUAAUGAUAGUGUGGAUAUAAAUAAAAAACCUAAAAUGGAAAGUAAAAAGAAUGUUGAAUUAAAUUUACUAGUUAAAUCUGUUAAAAGAAAGGUAAACACAUUUAAAAGUAAAUAG